UUUUACUUCUUGAACACUGCACGCUCUAUAGAUGUCUGUGAGAACUAAGGUAUUGUACGUGUAUAUAUACAAAAAUUUACAACAAUCAAUGUGGCUUAGCUAUAUAUAGAAAUUUCUAACACAUGAAUAUAGCUAAACAACAAUCCACCCCGAUAAUAUGAACUUUUGAAACGUUAUUAAGCAUUUUAUUACUUGUACACAUAUUAUUGGUGUAUAGAAAGAUAUAUUAGUGCAGUGAGUGUAGUGAGUGUUUGAUUAAAAAAGUGUAAUAAAAAAAAAAUGGCUCGUACAAAACAAACAGCCCGUAAAUCGACUGGUGGUAAAGCCCCACGUAAACAAUUGGCAACCAAAGCAGCUCGUAAAAGUGCUCCUGCAACUGGUGGUGUUAAGAAACCUCAUCGUUAUCGUCCCGGUACAGUGGCAUUACGUGAAAUUCGUCGUUACCAAAAAAGUACAGAACUAUUAAUCCGCAAAUUACCAUUUCAACGUUUAGUACGAGAAAUUGCUCAAGAUUUCAAAACAGAUUUACGUUUCCAAAGUUCUGCUGUUAUGGCUCUACAAGAAGCAAGUGAAGCAUAUUUGGUCGGUUUGUUUGAGGAUACAAAUUUGUGCGCCAUUCACGCAAAGCGUGUCACAAUUAUGCCAAAAGAUAUUCAAUUAGCCAGACGUAUUCGCGGAGAACGUGCUUAAUUGAAUUGAAGAAGAUAUAUAUCCAAACGGUCCUUUUCAGGA